AAGCCGCGCUUAUUCCUAGAGGAGAUUUCAGUGUGAACAGUUCUGUUGCGUUUUUGUGUUGGAUCGUGAAAAGAAGAUUAUUGUUGUGUUUUAAAAGAAAAAGAAAACAACAAUUGUCUGCUAAAAAAUUUUUUUGCAGUGAACUCAAAAAUUAUAACAGUGUGUGUUACAAGUGACUUGUAAUUUAUAAAAAAUCAAAAAUUAUGGCUGACAGUGGUAUCAAACGCAACAUUCCCAUCAAACUCGGUGACUUCAGCGUUAUUGACACCGAAUUUUCAAAUAUUCGAGAGCGCUUCGAUGCCGAGAUGAGGAAAAUGGAAGAUGAAAUGUCCCGAUUCAGAAGUGAACUUAUGAAUCGCGAAAGCAAUAUUUUCAAGAGUACCAUGAGCAAACAUCAGACGAAGAGCAGCUCGGAACAGAGGACAACGACGACCUCCAAAUCAGAGAGUUGGGAUAAGACUGAAACCUCGAAACCAACGAGGUCUUCAUUCGACUGUUUUAAAAGCACCACAACGCAGAGUAACCAAAGUCAAAAUGAUUCGAACACCUGGUUGGAUGGUUACAACAGUCCGCUAAUUCAGGAUGAGGGAAAUAAUAAAAUGCUUAAACUCAGAUUCGAUGUCUCUCAAUAUACACCCGAGGAAAUUGUCGUCAAAACUGUUGACAAUAAAUUGCUGGUGCACGCCAAGCAUGAGGAGAAAUCUGAAACUAAAUCAGUCUACAGAGAAUACAACAGGGAAUUCCUUCUUCCAAAAGGAACAAAUCCUGAGAGCAUUAAAUCCUCGUUGAGCAAGGAUGGUGUUCUCACUGUUGAAGCACCUUUGCCAGCAAUUGGACAGGGAGAAAAACUCAUCCCAAUUGCGCACCAAUAAAUUAUAAAAUACAUACGCCUAAAUGAUUGUUAAGUCACAAUUUUGCUCCCCCACCCCCAAAUUUUCCCUUCGAAUCAUUUUUUCUUCUCGAUAUAAAUUUUUUUUUUCUCAAUUAAAAUAAAUUUAUCCAAUACGUCCAUUUUUACAAAAUUAUAUUUUAUCUUCGUUUCACUGAAUUUUAUUUUUAAAAGUCCAAAAAUAAUUAUUUUUAAUCAAAUCAAUGCCUAUAAUAUUGUAAACAACGAAGAGACUUUUUUUUUAUACGCGAAAUACAGAUGUUUAGCUUUUUUGUGUUAAGAAUUAUAAAAUUAUUGGAAGGAAUGAGGAAAAUUUGAUUUAAUUUCGCAAAAUGAUUUUUUUAAAACUAUUUUUUUUUUGUCGAAAGGCGAUUUUUUUUUCUGUAAGAAAAAUAAUUGUUGCUUUAAAUACUUUUGACAAAUGAGAAAAUUAAGAAACAAAAUUGAAACACGAUUUCGAACUUGGGAAAAUAAAUAAAUUAAUUUGAUAUUUUUUUUUUUAUCAAACCGAAAUCAAAUCUUGUAAUUGUAACUUAUAUAGUUUAGGUCUACGUUAAAAGACUAAAAAAAAAAAAAAACAAUGCCUAGCGUAUGUAAGCAUUAUAUAAUUAAUAUUAUUUAUGAAUAUUUUAAUACUUUCGAAAGAACGUAAUAUUUAAAGAAAAUGGAGACAAAUAAAAUUGAAUUUUAAAACGAUA